AUGUGUAUUUAUUUAUAUUACGUAUUUUUCUUGUAUUUAAUAGGAAAUGUGAAUACCAUGUCCUUAUACGGACCAGCUUUGACAAGGUAUAAUCCUUGCGGUUUGGGUAUAAUAUAUUUCGACAAUGUAAAGGGAUUUGACUGGCGAGCAGUAGUGGAUUUCGGACUAUACAAUAAUUUAGAAAAAGUUGAAAUGGAAGUUUAUUUCGAAAAGGAAAUAAAAAUAAAUAAGGCAUCACAAAAUACAACCUUCGUUGUUGUAAGAAAUAAUUGGCAUCAUAUAAUAAUUCGUCCGAUCGGCCCUUUACAAGAACGUUUCACGUUUGAUCUGAAUAUACGAAAUUCGAGUGGAAACGAUGUACCCGUCGUAACGAAGUUCUCAAUCAACAAAGUGAUUCUUUGUAAUGAUGAAAUCAAGGCCAGACAAAAAAUAGGCUCCUACGACAUAACAAACAAAUAUAAUGGUGGAAAAAGAUAUGCUCAUGUAUGUGGCCGAAGAUCCCUGGAAAAUACCGAAUUGACCUCUGUAAGGACUGAAGCAAAGGCAGGGGAUUGGCCGUGGCACGUUGCUAUACUGAUAAGACAACCAAAAUCAGUUAUAGGUGUUUACAAUUGUGGUGGAACCAUCAUUUCAAGGAGAGCAGUUUUGACAGCCGGUCAUUGUCUGUUUAUGAAUGGUAGCUUAGUUGAAGCAAACAAUAUUGUAGUAAUCGCUGGAGUAAAUAAUCACAAAGAUUUAACUCAAGUUGGUAGACAAGAAAGAUUGGUCCAAAAAAUUAUUUUACAUCCCAGCUACACCUACACAUACUCAACGUCUGAUCUAGCGAUAUUAAAAGUUUUCACUUGGACAUUCACUGAUUAUGUUCAGCCACUUUGCAUUUGGGGACCUGUGUACGAAAAAACGAAAUUAUUCGGAAAAGAAGCAAUAAUGGUAGGCUUUGGAGCUACAGAAAAGAACGUGCAGUCAGAUAUCCUGAGAGCAGCGAACACUAUAGUACAGAAUGACACGACAUGUAUAAAUUUUGACGCGGACGUUUACCGGCCGUUAUUGAAUGAAUUCACGUUUUGUACCGGCUACGGUCCUAAAUCUGCUGUCAAUCCUCGUAAUGGAGACAGUGGAGGAGGACUCAUAGUGAGGGCAAUACAAACAGAUCACAAAGUAACUUGGUAUCUAAGAGGAGUCCUUUCUAAAUGUGGAAUCUCACCUGGACAUAGCGAAUGUGAUCCUACCUACUACAUGGUUUACACCGAUGUGGGUCCACACUAUGGUUGGAUAUACCAUCAUUCCGGCUUGCACUAUUUAAUGAAUGUCGUGGAAUAAAAUGUAAGGAGACAUAAGCGAAAAAAUGUUAUUAACAACAUGUUGAUAUAAGUGUAAACAAAAAAUUGUGAUAUUACCCAAUACAUAUUUUUAAGAUUAUGAUAAUAUUGUAA